AACCACACGCAGUGCCUUCACUCACUAAGCUUUCGCGGCGCUGUUUGUUGUUUCGAAUCAAAAGUGGGAUCGCAGCACAUUCCGGAGUAGUUCUGUGUAGAGUAGCCCAUUUGAUAGUAGAAAGUCUGCGUAUAUGCCCAUCCACACUUCUCUUGCAUGCGACAUGGUUACUAAGGGUUGUGUAGCAAAAAAUUUCCGAUGUAGCACGACGCCAUAGAGAACCGAAUCUAUGUACGAAACGUCUCCGCUAAUGUAGUGUCAUCGACCAGAUCAGCCUUGGAAAGCUCUUCCAGAGCAAUCACAGUCCCAAGCGGUGGACGACAAAACAGACGACAUCGCAGUGAUGAAUCCGAAGAGAAGGGCUUCUGCCUGUGACCGGCGAUCGCCCGACGUCUAUUCCACAUCAAGCGCGGCAUCGUCGACUAAAAACACAAAUAGUACUUCACAACACCAUCACGCGAGCCAAGCAGCAACCACCCUUCACGGAGCACGGCCUCGAUUUGAUCUUCAGGAUUGUCUCCGAGAGAUGAACUCAGUCAUGCGAGUUCUCGACAAUGCACAGUUGGAUCCCCAAAUGCGUCUGGACGAAUUGAACUCUAUUCUUAACGGUGGUACAGGCGGUGUCGCUGAUGAUUGUGGCGAGACAUUAACUCCGCUUUCAAUGUCCGCUACUCGCGAACUCGAUACGUUAUUACGAAACCAGCAGAGUUUGCUUCGGCAGAUCGCCGAUAGCCGCUCACAGCUCACGGCUCUAGAGUAUCAAUAUCAGCAGGCGGGUGGAGGUCUUCAGACUAAUGGAUGCGGUUUGCGCUCAGCGGUGCCCUUAAAAGUCGGUCGCGGCGGUGCUCAAGAAAUGAAUGCGGCCGUUCGAGUGUCUAAUGACGCCAACGCGCUUGUUGAGCGCCUUCGUGCACAGGUUCAAGAAACUGCAGAGGAGUACAGAAGAGCUCAAGGGGCACUUGAAAACGUUCGACUGACCCAACGAACAGCCGCCGCGGCGAGUAGAGCCCCAAUGGACUCAUAUGGUGAGCUAGAAGAGGAAGAUGUUUUCGAGAGAGCCGAUCCCGAAGGCGAUGCGCCCGUGUCCGACGAUAACAAAAUCGGCAAUAUGCAAUCGUCGAACUUGAGAUUCACUCGUCGCUUAGUGCCGCAUGGGGCACCGAUAAGCACGCCGUACACAUCGGCCGUCACUCCCUUUGAGUUUCCCGAUACCCCAGAGCACUCUGAUAUCGAAGACAAGGUCCGUAAACUUAAUGAGACAAAACAGCAAAUCGAUGCUUUGCGCGGCAUGAUCAGUAAGCUUGAGGGUCGUGGAGGUCCUGUUCCUUCUAGAACGACACCGCGGCCAGUUCCCGUCUACGGAACGCCGACCGUAGGAAUACCAACGAGCUUUAGCCAACCGACCGUGAAUCCGGCACAACAACGGCGCCGCCAACAGCUCCACGAAAUCAAUCGUUCACCGCAGAAUAUCGAAACGCUGAUUCAGCGAGAGGUAACGCAACAAAACCAAACACCACUUCACACCAACGCGGGGACCGGUACUUCUAAUUCGACCACAGCUUCAGGGUCCGCCCCGUUACCAGGACAGGUUGCAUGUCGCGCAGGAGCCUCAUCCCUGAGCCAGUUGCAUCAAAGCGCUACCAAGAGGAAUCUCUCAGUGAGCUGUGACCAGAACCAGAACAACGCGUUGCGCACAGGCGUUCGACCACGAUUCAACUCGUGCAACAACAUCGUCCAACCACCAGAAGUUCAUACGUCUCAUGAGUUACAUGGUGCCUGGGUGGAAGGCUAUAACUAUCAGUACAACCAUCUAAUGCUAGAUGUACCGCCGGGAUACACUCAGCAGGGAUCGCAGCCGAGGAGCCUGACUGAGGCAGCCACCUGGGGUGGUUCCAGUACUCAGGAUAAUUCAGACAAUGGCGAAGUUGCAUCCGAUGAUUGUACUGACUCGGAGAUGGAGCGAUUAGCUGGAGGUGGUGCCGUGGGCGGGGACACAUUGGCUGAUCUGGACCCAGCGGCGGCAGCGGCUGCUACGGGACCCAGAAUUCUGCGAGGGGCUCAGCCCAAGGUCCGUGAAGAGCCUGCCGGAGCUGUUGGUAUUAAUGGGAACGGAAACGCCUGCGAUCACUGUGGCCAUCUUGGGACGUAUACGCAAAUGUUGACCCUCAGCUUAGUUCAAGCGAAUGAGGUUAUCAAUGGACAACAGCGGGAGAUUGAGCGACUGAGGGCGGCUCUCAUGCGUCCUCCAGUCAACGAUGUCGUUGGGUUUUCAUCCCGGUUGUGCCCCUUAAACAACCAGGUUACUCCUGGUUUGCGCGCCAACAAUUACGUAGACAACCUCAAGAGCCUGUCGACUUUAAAUUUGCUCAAUCAAUCAACCGGAGUAGGACUGGCUAAUACUCCCAUGGUCCCAAUGAUGGAGAGGCGUCCCGCGCCUUCAGCGCCGCCUGGCGAACGUAACGAUCUAGGCAGGGAGGAAGACCGUCGCCGUCGACCAAACAAAAAUUCGAUGAAUAACCAAGUAAAUUUCUGUAGCAGCAGCAGCAACAAUAAUAGCCGAUACUCAAGCAAUCCCGAACUUAAUAAUCGCGAAAUUGACCCGAUGGUUACUGCUGGAACUAGCGGAGCGAGCAAUGCUGGCAUUGUUAAUGGAGGCAAAGUUUCUUUGGCGCAACUCUCUCGCGAGCGUCUGGAGAUGCAGCCUGCCCUUGAUGCCGCCACAGCCUUUCUCACGACGCGAGCUGGCGAACUUUGCACUCCCGAUGUGCUCAUUCAGACAUGCCGUUGCCUGCUCGAUCAGCUGACUCCGGCCGGUGUAUCGCAUAAGCACAUUCUGCGUGUACUGCAGCCUAUAUUAGGUCAGUUUCUAGCGCGGCCCGUCGAACCCAGUCAGAUCGUGGAGACUCUCAGUAGCAUACUGCAACGAGAGCUCACGCAAAUCGCCAAAUCUGGAAAUGCUAGCCCGCCGGAGAGAACACUGGGUGCUGGCGUUUCAAGUAUCUUAGAUAGGUCCACUGCUGGUAACGACCAAAAUGAAGACACUGAAGGAGCCAGCGGCGGUGACGUAGAAGGGGGAGAAGAAAUGAUCGAAGCUGAUCGGGGUACAGACGAUAUUCCUCCAGAGAUUCCACCACCUCCGGGAGUAGUCUUAGGACCAAGUGAUCGUGAGCAGGCCGGGAGCGGUGCCUCGGGGAUUUCGAUCCCUUCACUCGACCACGUGCCCACUCGUGAAGUCGUGCAACCCAUUCAGCAGGCCAGCGGCGUUAAUUCGUUCUCGGUCGUCCCACCAGUUUGCGCGGUCUCUUCGGCAUCAGACGCUGCCGAAACAGCCGCUAGCACAACUCAAGAUAUCAACACCGAACUCGGGGGCGACAACUAGUUACGCAAUACUCGUCCCACAAUUAGAACGGUAUCUCAUAAUCUGGUGAGAGAACCACAAGGCCCACCCCUCGUGGGCGUCGUCUGCUCGCGAUGGCGAACGCUAAUGGAGGAAACAAUAUAUCAUCGACUUAAACUGGUGCAUUUGUUAUUAUAUGACUAUUACGGCGCUUAUAAAUCAUUUUUCUCCCUUGAAUGACUGAAUGACUGGCACUUGAAGCGGACCAGCUCUGGUUUACGAGGAUUUGACACAAUGAAUAGAAUAGGUAUAACAUAGACUGUAAAAUCUCGGUAUUUGUCUACGGUUUUCCGGUUCUGUGAGUAUGUAUCACGCCUUCAACGAGACUGUUUCCGCGCAAAGAACAAUAAGUGGCAAAAAAGACGGUACAAUAGGGAUGAGUGCUCCACUUAUAGGAAGCGGCUCCAAAUCGAACAUCGGUGGUCAUCUAUGACCACUAAUGCAGGACAUGAUUGCUGAGCGCACCAAUUGUCUGCAGAUGGCUGUGAGGGUCACGUGUACUGUCGCAUACACUUUGCUGACGUACAUGUCAGUAGACUACACUUCCCUGCAGUAUAUCACCACGCAGCCAUGCAUUACAAUUCGCUCGUAAAGCUAAAUAUGGCUAUAGGUGUGCCCUGCUUUUCUAUUGAUAUACAUGGUGAAAACAAGUGGAACGCUUCUAUUUAUGAAAUCGAACCGCACACAAGCAUUCAAGGUUUGGUGCUGGGCAAACCUCGGAUUCGUUCUCGACAACAGUUGACAAGACACAUUCAAUGAAUCGAAUGGAAAUACUAAAAUUUGAAGAAAGCCGUAUCGCUUGAUGCUUACCAAAUGAUCGGUGCAAAAAAGCACAAACCUAAUAGAUCUACAGGUCGGGUGGUAAAAAUGCUAUAUAUAUAUAUAUAUAUAUAUACUAGCAAGAGUCUUACUGAUCUAUUUGAAGUAGUAGGUACCACGGUACUGUAGCUAAAUAUAUAAAUCGCUAUAGACGCAUGCGUUCGGUUGGGCAAAAUAGAUUUGGCGCUGAGUAUUUAACGAAUCAGUCUGCGGUAAGCAACCUACGUCUGAACCGGGGCAAUUCAGAAAAAAAUUGGACUUCGCAAAUCCUUUAGAAUUUGUCCUCUCCUGCGUAUCAGCGCUACAUUCGUUCGGCAUCCGCUUGUUUAUGCGUUGUAUUCCACCUGUGUUGCACUUAGACAUAUCUAUAUUGCAUAAUCAGUGAAGGUUUGGAUAUGCUAAAUUAGUCGCGGCACAUUGAACACAAAAUCGAGCUAGCUCAACUAUAAUCGGUUAAUUGGCGAAUAUAUACAAACUAAUAUGAGGUUAAGCUUCUUCCUAGGAGAUGGAGGAAUAGAGUAAAUCAGCGUGCUGUAGAUAGGUAGCCGUGACCAUUGAUAAGGAAUCAAAUUUUUGUUCAAGCAAAAAACGCAUUUUUCUCAAAAACAUUUGCGAGGGAUAGAGUAGAUACGGUCGCUCGUUUUCAUGGUGGAUUUUGGCCAAUAUCUGACAUAUUAUGCUGAAAAAUAUUCGAGCAAACACGAAAUAAAAGGUAAGGAAAUAUUUUGUUCAUUUUGACGAAUCAAGAUAGCGCUGAACAAUAUCAAAGUACGUUUCAGAUUCGAUUGCGAUAAUAGUGAUAAUUAUUUUUUGUGUUCAAAGUUAGUGGUAUGGCGCUCAUGUUCUUGCGUUGUACAACAACUAUUUUUUAAAAGAUCUCAGAUACAAAGUAGGCAGGUUGUUAACUUGAUAUAUCAUAGUUUUUAUCCUAUAGGAAAAAUAAUAUAUCAGGUAAUACUGGACUUAUAAAAAAAAAUGAUGUACUUAAAGCGCAAAUAUAUAGCUGUACUGGGUUAUCACAAUACUAUUUUUAAUGACAAAACUUUUUUUGGGGUGUUUUGUCAUAUCGCAUGUAGCAACGCUGCGGAAACCUGUAAUAACAGAUCUUGGUGCAUAGUAGAACAAAAAAAAUAGAUGACUGUAUUCAUAUUUAUUGGCCAUUUCGCUUACGAUAGUAGAAGUGCUGUAAAAAAUAUAUUUUGUGUCCGCGAAAUAGAAACCAGUUGAACAACAUACGGAUUCUAUUUCCCGGCGACUUUUUAAUGUAACCGACAAUGAGUGGCGAAGGUAGAGCGUGCCAAAUGGCUUAUAUAUUAAACAUGAUCAAUAGACGUAGGCGUCGAUAGCCAACUAGCCGUCGACAAUAUACUUCCGUUCAUGAUGCUCGUAAUCGUUUAGAUGUGUCAUGAUUUUAAUGUUGGAAUAAGUGAUAAACAAUCAUAAUGAGAUGAGAUAUUACUAGAUAAUUAUAUCUGAACAAUGGAUAACGCGCUUAAAGCAAAACGGAGGAGAAUGAAUGAACAGCUCGUAGUAUAUUUUUAGGCGAUACCAUAAAAUUAGCGCGAGAUGGGUGUGGAACGGAGAUAUUAAUUUUGAGAUUUUAUAAUGGCUUUAGAAAAGCGGGCAUAACGUCUGUGAAAUUUGUAAUACUACUAAGCUAGUUGAUUCCAACGUGAAUUACCCGUAAUAAUAACAUUACCGCUUUUCGUAUGUACGAUUCGAGUAUCUUCUGUUCAACCUUAUUGUGGAAAGAAAGUUCAUUUUGUUUUCUAUUCUACAAGAAACUAUGGUGCGACCAUGUUGUGCUCGUGUUAUGAUUGAAAUCGGACGUUUGCAUUCAGUGAUAAUAUAUUAAUUUGUAAAAAUCGAUGGACAAUGGAAUGGAGCAGAGUAGCAUAUUUUUAAGCACUGGUAAUUAUUUUUCUCCAAAUUUUUGUUGCAUUCAGUGACCAUAUCAUGUUGCAAUAUAUGACACGAUAGCAUUUUCAGUACUUAACAUAGUUAAAUAUUGAGAGGAAGAACGCAUUCCUUAAACCUAAUUUUGACUCGAUGCUGUUUAAUUUCGACCCCUCAGUUUUGUUCUAUGAUAACACUGAUUGAGCCGCUUGUGCAGCGUUCCAUCAUAACCAGCCAUUUCUUGUGAGUCGCAGUUUUUUUUUUCUUUAUUUCACGAAUAUGGAUAAUACUGCCUACGAGUAAUAUCUUUUACCUUAACUAAGCAAAUGUUCCGAGUUUUACAUCCAAUAUUGCCUUAGCCAUCCUUAUACAUCCGCAUCGCUACAGACGGCUGACAGCGUCUAUUUUAGCACGAAACAAUGUUUUCUUUAUCCUAGCCACGAGCAAGACCCAUAACCCUGGACCAUUGCUAGGAUGAUGAAAAUCCUUGCAGAUGUUUUAUAUAGUAAUAAUAAUCAUAAUAAGACAUUAAUUUACGAGGCGUUUGACAUGCUUCGCAUUAAGUGCCCGCGGAAUGGAGUAGACGGUAGCGCCAGAGGCUUGGAACCAAAAGGCCUCGGGUUGUAAUCUGAUUGGGCACAUGCAAAUUGAUGUGAUUUUGUACUAGCGAAUUUCUUAUGCGUGUAACGCACGAAAACUGCACGUACGAAGUCAUUUCGUUUAUAUUAUUAUUAUUGACAACUGCUAACGGACUACAGUUGGAGAAGUAGUCUGUUACGACCCGUAAGCUAUUCUAAUUAUAAAAAGUGAUAUAUGACAUCACCAAUUAAUACAUUAGUUAGACAUUUACUAAUAUUGAAAUGCAAAUGAAUCAAUAGCUAAAGGAGUCAACAGUAGUAAAGGCAAAUACUACGCGUAUGGAUAAUGAUAGCUUGCAAUAGGUAGAAAACAGUCCACAUAGAAAUGGGGACGUUUCAGGUCGAUUGGAGCGCCUGCAAUGGUUGCCACCCGAUCCUUGUGUUGUAGAAGUAUCAUUCGUUGUUACUGUUGUUAUUGUUGUUGUAUAAUGAAUAGUGCAGAGGAGAUGAUGCAAAGAAACAGAUAAAUAAAUAUGUAAGCGAAUUGCUCCACAGAUGUAAUUGCGGUAAUAGUAACAAGCUAUAAUUAUUUAUCUCGUUGUUAUUGUUGUCUCGAUGUGUUUUUCCAACUACUUGUAGAUCAGGCUUGGGCAGUAUCGAAUCGGAAUGUCGCGAUAGUUUUGGUAUGCUGAACACUAUGUAUAACAGCUAUUGUGGUUUCAGAGGAAUAAUUUUACAAUUGAAAAUAAUUCUUACUAGCAUUUACAGCGCGCUCAUGUCAGAGACUCGAACCGCAAUGUUAGUACAGACCAAAAAAAAUGAGUCGUACAAAACACCUAUAACGAAUGGGUCAACUCAAUAACAAAUGUUACCGUCAUCCAGUAAGAGUAUGUUGUGCGCCGUGUUGUCUUGGCCAUUCGAUCACAACGGACAUGCUACGUAACCUUUCCAGUUAGUUUACAUGAACAGUACGUGCGCACGCGAUAACGCCAGACUAUCUUUUCAGUUUAGCCUGACUUAAAAUGUUCAAAGUCAACUACCAUCAAUAAGAGUAUCAAUAAGAGAAACGCGUGCUCACAUUUUGUGGUCGUCAUUUGGUUACCUUUAUGUGGCAAUUCUGAACCGUUCGUAAAGUUCGUAGAUACUUUGUUUUCGAUUUAUUUAAGGUAAUCGCCAAAUUUGCACGAAUUAUUGCUGGGUCAAGUCGUCAAUGUUCCAUUUAUAGUUAAGUGUCAGUAGAAUGGUGGUUUUACCUUAAGUGUUUUUUCCCUGGUUCUAGCAGGCCGAUUGAAUGCAAAUUUUAUGCCUUCCAACCAAAUGUUUAAAAUAUUAGGUCCUGCACCGUUGUUAAGCCCUCCUUCGGAUAAAUGGCUUCUUCGAGCGCAAGACGAAGUGUCUACGUCCAGUCUGUUAUCAAUUUAACAGGCAAACACUCUUCUUACUAUAUUGUCACGGAAAUACGUUUAGGUAAUUAUCUAUAGCCAUGCUACUACGAAACACAAAGGAGCACCUAUUUGUAAGUUAAAAUUAAUGCUUCUAUUAAGUAAGCGACAAGAAUGAUACUAAAAGUGUCACCCAUUAAACUACACCAUAUUACUAAAUACGUAUACGUACAUGAAAGAUUAGUAAGAUCAGCACAAAUAGGCGCCUAGGAUGCACGAACAGCUAAAUAUGUAUGGCUUCAGUCUUUUAAUAGGUUUAUUACUGUUUAUUCCAAAGUGAAGAAGGAUUUGUCCUUCAGUGUCUGGAUUAGUUAAAAUAUUAAUAACUACAUUUACUCUGACACGAUGAUAAUACAGUCUUCUAAAUUACUUAGCUCCUUGUUUAACAAACAAUGGAAAAUCAGCGUAGCAACUGGUGACCAUCGUCACUAAGUAAAUUCGGAAGCUACUUUGAAACAUUGGAAAAGUCGUUGAAGAAAAGAAUCAGAACUUUUUCAACAUUUGUAUUUUCUCAGAUAGAGCUUUAUGGCUAGUUUAACACCCGAGUCCUUAGUUACGAUUUACGCAUUAAAUGUGCUGUGCUAAGGUAGCAACAUUGAGUGUGAUGCUUUAUUUGCACGAGUCUAUUGCGGCAACGACUCGAUGUCUUCCGACGUGACAUUUAUACUCAUUUCUUUGUUUAAUCAUACUAUAUAUUAUUGGCGGGGCUUGAACCAACGAUUCGUGUCUUUUUAAAUCAAGGGUUUAAAAGCAGACCACCGCACCGAUACAUGUACUGAAUAAUUUUUACCUGCUUUUAAUGAACGGCACGUCUUUCAUAGUUUGAUGGUAACCAUGAAGCCUAUAUUUAGCUACGUGUCUGGGUGCCAGUGACACGUUCCGAUUUUUACAUCGGGUGCUUCCCUUGAGUAUUGCUUCAAAUUUACAGACACUGGUGCAUCUAUUAAAUGCUUAUGAGGCUCGCACUAAUAGCAUAACAGUUGGCAGUGACCGUGGCUAGAUGAGCCAAAAAGCCCAUCUGAAAGGUUAAGAUCUACAAGGACUCUUGUUGGGAUCUGUUGAUGAAAUUGGCUUAGGCAAGUGCUGGUGCAGCUGCCAGUAGAAGCCGGGACCAGUUUCACGCUCUAGCUGCAAAGAACUGCAUCUGCGAACGGAAGAUGCCUGCUCGCAGGUUUUCAGGUGUGUCAGUGCUGUCUUACCAGUGCCCUAGCAAACUGAAAAUAAAAAAAUCGAAUAAAAAUGUGCAGUGUUGAAAAAGGUUGUCUUUGAUCUCGAUAGGACAAAAUUCUGAUGUAUACUAUUCGUUUGCACAAAUCUAUUGAUUUACAUGUAUGACGGAAUGAAGACUUGAUCCGAUGAAACACCAAGUCAGUGCUUAAGUGUGCGCAAAAACAAUCUCUUAAAAUACGUUGGAGAUGUUUAUUGAAGCAACACCAAAUAGCCUUCUCUCGCAUAUCAUCUAUAACUCUAAACCCCUAAACUGAUCUUACAAAUCGUUAUUUUGAAUUCCAAGUUAUGCGUCGAAUAUGUGCGGACAGUUUUAUGAACGUGGUACACCUGCCUUUUUUCCUGAUUAAUGUUUAUUAUCUAAUAUUUCUCUGUGCUAAGCAUUCCCUCGGUGUAAAUAAAGGUGUUCAUCAGUUAAAUUUAACCGAUUAGUAUGUAGUUAUAGCAUGCAGCUUGUCAUGUCGACGUUGUAAAUGGACGGCUACGUUGUCGGUACGAUUUUGAGGAAACAGAAUUUUUCAUCUAUGUUUUCAGUCAUUAACAAGCUCAAGCCUUACUAUAGGCUUGCUAUAAUACCGUUUGAUUACAGUAAAAGCUAAUUAUUUUGGAUAUCAUAAAUGCAUAGGCUAACUAGCUUAACAUAAUUAAGCGCGUAUGAAGAAUUAACAUUAGUUAUAAUUUCGUAUACCGUAGACAUGAGAGAAAAGAACAUCUAAAACAAUAUCGAUUAACAUGAAAAAUCGACAAUGGCUCUUUCAAUUUCGCUCAUAUUCUGUUAUCGCGCAAAAAAAUAAUGGUGCUGAAAGCCAAAGACUCUGGAUUAUUUAAAACCGCAUAUAAACAAGUUUUAAACUGAAACAAAAAGAUCAUAGGGCUCAGGAAUUCGUUAACUUUAUGAAAAAUGUCUUAUGUAAACACGUCUAACUUUACGCCUAUAAGUAGCUAAUGGGCUUAACAAGAAGUAGUCCAUAGUCGACUGAACGUAGCGCCACGUCGGAUAGGCUUAAGUGAAAAAUUUAACGAUAUAAUUACGAGAGAAUAAUAAUAUUUUAUUUUAGAUUUGUAGAUCCGAAAAAUGUUGCCUUGGUCUGACAAUACAAGACCCAGAAUCGAUUGGAUCGAUUUUUUAUUUACUGAAUCUCAUUGUGAUUUUACCGCUCGAAUUUGUAAGUGUAAUGUUAGCAAUUUUACCUGCACAAAAGGGUGUUUAAAACAAAGAAGUUGCUUAUGUACGUUGUU